AUGACCACAACAGGCCUAACACAGGUGGUCUUCUUCCUCCUCCUCCAUCAUCAUCUUCCUCCUCUACAGGACUUGUAUGACCGUAUUGACAGGACCCGGUACACUGAACCCCUGGAGGACGCAGGUUUCCAGUACGGCUUCAACUCUACCUACCUGAAGAAGGUGGUCUCCCACUGGAGGCAUCAGUUUAACUGGAAGAAGCAGAUUGCAAUACUUAACAAGUAUCCUCAAUUCAAAACCAAUAUCGAGGGAUUAGAUGUACACUUCAUCCAUGUGCGUCCACCUCACCGUGAGGGUCAGAGGGUGUUGCCUCUAAUGCUGGUGCAUGGCUGGCCUGGCUCUGUCUAUGAGUUCUAUAGGAUCCUGCCUUUACUCACUGACUCGCUGGACAGUCUGGCUUUCGAGGUCAUCUGCCCCUCCAUCCCAGGAUAUGGCUUCUCCGAGGCCCCUCGUAAGCAAGGGUUUAACUCUCUGGCUGCAGCGAGGGUCUUCCACAAGCUGAUGGAGCGUCUGGGUUUCUCAGAGUAUUAUCUGCAGGGAGGAGACUGGGGCUCACUCAUCACUACUAACAUGGCCCAGAUGAAGCCAGAGUGUGUAAAGGGUCUCCACCUCAACAUGUUAACUAGCAAACUGAGGGGGUUCGGUGUCCUGUUUUCCAUCCUGAUUGGCCGCUACGUGCCCUGGCUGGUUGGGUUCACCAGGGAAGAUGUCAGAAGGUUGUUUGGUUCAGUAGGUUUCAUGGAAAGGAACAUCUAUGAGAUCAUCAGAGAGACUGGCUACCUGCACAUCCAGGGCACCAAGCCAGACUCCGCUGGUUGUGGACUGAAUGACUCUCCAGUAGGCCUGGCUGCUUACAUACUGGAGAAGUUUUCCACCUGGACUGACUUCAACAACAGGGACUUGGAAGAUGGGGGGCUGGAGAGGAAGUUCACCCUGGACGACCUGCUGACCAACAUCAUGAUCUACUGGACCACCGGCUCCAUCGUGUCCUCCAUGAGGUUCUACAAGGAGAACUUAAAGACCAACAUUGACAACAGACUGGAUAAUAAUACGGGGGUGUAUGUGCCUACAGGCCUGGCCGCGUUUCCCAACGAGAUAAUGCACGUGCCCCAGUCGUGGGCCAGAGACAGGUUCAGGAACAUCUACUCCUACUCUUACAUGCCCCGAGGAGGCCACUUCGCUGCCUUCGAGGAGCCACAGCUCCUGGCUGACGACCUGCUGCAGUUUGUGAAGAAGGUGGAGAAGUUGUAGAGUUGAUGGAUACAAGAGGUCGACUCUCCACUCCUGCCAAGUGCCUGGAAGAAAAACCAGCAGGA